UCAUUGCUAAUAAGUAAAAUUUAAGCGACAUUCGAAAUUUCAAAUGUAACGAUCAAAAUAAUAUACAUCCUUUUGGCGCAUCGACAUGUUGGUACAUAACAUACAAUGUAUGUUGUGCGCCAUCUUAGUUCGAAUACCGCCAAUCUAUUACGUUUUACUGAAUUUUGUUACUUGAUGCAAUCCUUUUUCAGAUUUAUAUUUGACAUCUUCAAAUAUUUGAUUAGUUUAUUUCCUAAAUAACCGAUUUUUGAUCUUUAAGUUCUGUAUAUUAAUAUGUCCAGACAGUGUUGUUUUCUUUGUGCAAGCGAUGAAGGUGUUUUCCUGGAUGUUACGACGGACAAUAAACAACAAUAUUAUGACCAAUUUGAGAUUUGUUCAUUUGUUAAGAUACCAAGAGCAGACCAAUUGCCAGCCAAAAUUUGUCACAAAUGUGCAUACGAAUUGAAUCAAUGCAGCUCUUUUGUACAAAAGUAUAUAAGAGCUAAAAAAAAGCAAAAACCAAAUGUUCGCAAACAUUGUGGUUUAUGUUGUGAACCAGCAAAAAACGAAUUCAUCUUUGAUCUUAGUAAAGAGAAGAAGUUGCAAUAUAACCCAUUUCAUAAAAUACAGGAAAUUUUUGAUAAAGAGCAAAUUGGAAACAUUCAGAAAAACAAAUUCAUAUGUUUACCUUGUCGAUAUGUAAUAGAUGUAUUGAUAGAUUUAAUGAAUAUAUGUGAAGAAACUGCAAUGAGAUUAGAAGAUACAGCCAAUAAGAAAACAAAUUUAAACAAAGUUGAUCAAUUAAUUUUCCCAAAGAUAAAAACAGCUGUUGUUAGUCGCAAAACUACCACUACUGAUUCUGCUAGAAUAAAUUUACAUACAUUGCAUGAAUCAACGAGUGAUUUUGGUGAAAUGACUCGUACACGAUCUCGAAAUAACAAAUUAAACGAAAAAACAAAAUUACAAGUUUGUAAUAAAUGUCAUAGUUCUAUUAAAACUGACGAUGACAUGUACAAGACUCAGAAAACUGGAAAACUGGAUAUUGUAUGUAAAAAUUGUUGGAAAAAUAUGGACAUUCAUAAAACUGAAAAACAAGUACAACAAAAUUCCACUGAAAUCAAACUUUGUACAGUUUUUCUAAAAGAUGUAUUAAAAGAUAUUGAUAUAAAAGAGAAAAAGACAUAUAUUGUAACAGACAAAAAUUUAGAAAAUAAAAAUAAAUCUAAUAAAACAAUCAAUAACGUAGGAAAUGAUGUAGGGAAACAGAAUCAAAAACGUUCUGUUAAAAGUUUAAAGACUGCAGAUGAGGACACAAGUGAUGGAGAUGUACCUAAUAAGAAAUACAAGUCUGAUGCCAAAGAAGUAAGUGAAACUAAUUUAGAACAGUUGAAUACAAACAUUCAACAGCAACAGACAACAGCAACACAACAUACAAAAAUUACACAGAAGAGAGAUACACGUGAUACAGAUUCUCGUGUUACAAGAAGACAAGGAAGAACUUUAACAAAAUAUAAACGAGCAACUGGUUCAUCCUUAUCCGACGCAGAUGUCGACAAUAAACAUAAUCGCAAGAGAUUAAAAACUAUUUUAAGUGGUAUUCCUAUAAUGAAAAGCAUAGAUGUAAAUGAUGAAUCAUCAAACGAAGGUGUAAUAUUAAAGAGAAAGCGAUCAAGAUAUACAAGUACUUCAUCUACUAUAGAAAUAUCUGAUGAUGAUACAAAUCAGAAGAAAGGCCUUGAAAAGAAUGUACGAAGAAAAAAAACUAAUAUUAAGAAACUCAUAAAAUCUUCUGCAGUUACUUCUCAAGAAUUACAAUCCUUAAAUUCUGAAAAUAUAUUUGAGACUCAAACAUAUGUGUGUGACGAAUGUGGUGCCAGUUAUGAAAAUAAACUUACAGAAUUGACACAUAAAUUGACUCACUAUAAACAACCAGAAUUAAAAUUACAGAAAUUAAAUACUGAAAUUUUGACAAAAACAAUAUUAGGACUAAGCACAGUAAUGGAUGAUCAGUCAGAAGAUUUGUCUGAAACAAUAGCAAUUACGGUAGAAGAUGAUGAGGAAGAAUUGUUGGAAAAUGAAAUAGAUUUGAACAUAAAUAAUCAUGCAGAUACAAAUGAUAUAGAAAAUAAAAUUGAUUCUUCCAAAAAGGAAGCAGUAGAAGAUGUUGUUGAUGUAAAACUUGUUAUGAAAGAAUUUGAUGACGAUCAUAAAACUGAAGAAAAAACAGAAGAUUUACAAAAAGAAACCAAGAAAGAAAUAGAAGAUUUACAAAAAGAAACCGAGAAAGACACAGAAAAUUUACAAAAAGAAACCGAGAAAGACACGGAAGAUUUACAAAAAGAAAUUGAGAAAGACACGGAAGAUUUACAAAAAGAAACUGAGAAAAAAACAGAAGAUUUACAAAAAGAAACCGAGGAAGAAACAGAAGAUUUACAAAAACAACCCGAAAAAGAAACAGAAGAUUUACAAAUAGAAAGCAAAGAAGAAACAGAACAUUCACAAGAAGUGACAGAAAAUUUACAAGAAACCGAGAAAUUUACCAAGAAAGAAAUAGAAAAUUUACAAAUAGAAGAGAAAGAAACAAAAGAUUUACAUGAAGUUUUAGAAAAAAAUGAAAUUAAAGAAGAUAAGAAUGAAGAAAAUGAAAAAGAAAAAAAUAAUUUCAAAAUUGGUGAACGCAUUCAUAGAUCUGUAGACUGUCUGAAUUCAGAACAAAUAAUAAAAAUUUUGGAUAAUAAUGAUUCUGAAAAUAAACAAGAAGAACAUAAAGAAAAAGAUAUACACGAAAACAAUGAAAUCAAGGUAGAAGAAAAACAAAUUGAAAUUGAAGUAUCUGAAGAAAGAGAAACAGAAAAAGAUGGAGAGAAACAUAUAAAUGUAGAAGAAAAUAAACAAGAUGAAGUAGUAUGCAAUGGACAACAGUCUCAAAUAGUUAAUCAGGAAAGUUCAAAUAAAAUUGAUAAAGAUUUUGUAAAUAAUGUUCCUAAGAAAAUGGAACAAAGCAAUAUUGAACAUGAUAGAACGAGAGAUGAAACGAAAGUAGGAGUCGAUGAUAAAGACGAUAUAACAAUAUCUACCGAACAAAAAUCGCCUAAAUUAACACAGAAAAGAAAAUCUUUUGACGAAAAUAAAAUACAAACAAAGAUAAAUGAUUCUGAUUUUAAAAAAUCGGAAGUUUUAGAGGAAAAUGUAUUAUCCAAAGAAGAUAGUACAACUGAUAAGCAACAUGUUAGUGUAAAUGUGGAAAUUGUGGAAUCAAAUUCUUCAAAAGAAGAAGAGUCAACGAAUGAUUCUAUAACUGCAGCGGCGGAAAUAUUGCAGGAAGUACUUGAUUUAGCAAGCGCAAAAGUUGAAAAACGACAAGAAGUUCUUAUAGAUAUUUCUACCAAUAUUGAUUCUAUGGAAACUGAGACUUUGGAAAACAUAUCACGUGAAAUACAAAACACUGUUGAUAUGUAACUUCUUAAAAUGCAGACAAUGUCAAAAGUGGAAGUGAAAUAACUUUCUAAGUAUAUCAAUAUAUAUAUAUAUUGAUCACUUUUCUACAAAAUUAAAUAUA